AUGAUUUCAAACCUGUUGAAGGAGGAAACUGUGCCUCCUGGUUAUGAUCCUGAACAAGAUGUCGUCAACAAACGUAAAUCCAAAUCGGCUAAGACAAAUGAACGAAAGAAGGAGAAGCGCUUGCAGGGUAAAAAUAAAGUUUCAUCUACUGGAGACGAAGAACAAGCAUUGGAAUCCAUUGAGUCGAUUGCGUCCUACAUAAACGAGAUCACGAUUUCUGGAAAGCCAUGUGUUGCUACUACUACUCCCUCAAAUUCAUUGGAAUCACCAUGUUUUCUUCAUCAGACUCAGACUGAUGAAGAAACUGAUGAAAUCGGUGAUCAACUGUUACAGGAGUCAAAUGGUAGAAAUAUUGAGAAACGACAAGCAUCCAAGGAAGAUUUUCCAAGUGCACCUCCAUUUUCAGGUUCAUUUGGGGAAAUCAAGCAAGAGAAGGAACAUUCUCCCAUUCCUAAAGCUAAUUAUAUGUCAUCUACAGCUGACUCGGUUGACUUUUUAGCUAAGUCAACUGUAGAGAAGAAGACUCCUGUUGUAGAUUUGAAAGAAAUUAAUAAACAGGAGACCUCAAACCCAUCUAGGAAUGUUGGUGUCAAAACUAGUUCUCGUAUUACUCUAUCAGGCAAGGAAAUUGCUGCCAACUGGCAGGAGAAAUGCAUUUUACCUUGGUAUAAUGUCCACAAUAGUAAGUUUCUUCUCCCUUGCAGUUCAUCUAAGUUGAUAGCAAUAACUCAUAUACAGGAUUUGGGACACCAACUUGGAGCAGGAUCUUUUGUGGUGCAUAGCCUCUCAACAUUUCUGAAUUCAUUUCUCCAAAACUUUGGGAUAAGCCAAGAAGUCCAGAACCCAGUUUCUGUUUUUGUGGUGCUUGGAAUCAUUUUGUUAGGAGCUGGUUUCGGAUAUUGGCUGGUGAGGAAAUAUAUUAUUUGUGAAGAUGGAGAAUUUGAUGUUGGAGUUGCACAAUUUAUCAAAUGGUCCAUGCGUAUAGUUGCAGUCCCAUGUAUUAUCCUGAGCACGAAAGACACCCAUUUGGCAAUGGCUGCAGUGGGGUCUUGUUUGGGUGUAUACUACAUGAUCACGAAGAUUGUAAGGAAAAUGCCAUGUAGGAUCUAUGCAACCCUCAAAGAGCUCAGCCUUGGUAUGAUGGAGAAGGAAUGGAAUGUAUAA